AUGCACGAUCCGACAUACCGGUAUAAGAUAGUUACAACACGCGAUAUCGGUACUUUCGACAAACUAGCCGAUGCAGUCAUCAACGAGCAGAGAAUGAUCGAAAAUCACAUUAUUGAGAAGCUCGACGCACAGCCGGCACAAGCCAAGGUCACCAGCAAGGGUGAGAGCGAUGAGAGCAACGAACCGUCAGGCAAGUCCGCAAGCGCCAAGACCUCAGGCAAGAAGGGAAAAUCCAGGUAUUCCCUUCUGCAAAUGGCUCGGUCACCGAAUCAAAGAUUUGCGAGGCCAAGAUUAUUAUCCCCGGAAAUUCCAUCUACGACAAACCCAGAAGUGAAGACGCCAAGUCCGAAAAGGACGUUUGGUGCUCCUUCUCCCCGAAUUGGAGACCAUUACCAGGACUCACUUGAUCAGAACACGGGAUCCUUGAAUUGA